UUUUAGGCUCAAAAGGCAUUCGAGUCGCUAUAAAAAUAUAUUACAUCCCACAAUACGAGUACAACAUCAAAAGAAAAUGCAAACAACGAAUGAAUGAUACGGUACUAUGUCGGAUUAUCCGGACUCCAACCUACACCUGGAUAAACUUGAUUAGACGAAACAAACAAAUAUUAACGCAAAACAACUGGAGCAGAUCUGAUGAUUUGAACAAUCUUCCAAACUGAUCUGGACCUAGAUCCAGAUCCAUCAAAUUCCUGCGUAUACUGCUCAAAACGUGAUAACGGAUCUCCAACUCUAUACGACGCUUAAACCAAGCAGAAAUCAAGUGAAGAAACCCAUAUUAUUAAAACAAAAUUAAGAAAAUCAUUACAAAAAAAUUGUUGGGAGAGAGGAGCAGGCGGUGAAAUAGAUCACUGACUCCUCUCCAAAUUUGUGCGGAUGGUUUUGAGAGAGAAGGUAGAGAAAUUGGUUUUUAGAGAGGACAAAACAGAGACAAAAGAUUUGUACUUUGUACCUAAGUUAUUCAUAUUCCUCUUUUUGAUGAUGGGACCAUAAAGCGACAAACGGAUACACAAGGUUUGAGCCUGACUAUUCAUAUUCCUCUUUCGGAGGAGUCGGCAAAACAGUACAGAAAUUCAUUCAGACCCUAUUUUUCCAAAUCAAUCCAAGUAUGCCCGAUCAACCGCAAGUUCUGAAAGCAGGAAGCAGACCACCAUGGGUGGGCUUAGCAGCGGCAGUGUGGGUUCAGAUAUCGGCAGGGAACGGCUACAACUUCCCACUUUACUCUUCUGCAAUCAAAUCCGUGUUGGGUUUCACCCAGCAACAGAUCACUAUUCUUGGAGUGGCAAAUGAUAUUGGAGAGAGUGUGGGUAUUCUUCCUGGUAUUGCCUGUAAUAAGUUUCCUAUAUGGAGCGUACUUCUUGUUGGCGUUGUUGCUUGUUUCUUGGGCUAUGGUGUUCUGUGGUUAGCCAUUACUGAGACUGUUCGGGGUUUGCCUUAUUGGGUGUUGUGGCUUGCGCUUGUUGUUGCCACUAAUAGCAAUGCAUGGUUUGGGACAGCUGUUCUUGUAACCAAUAUGAGAAAUUUCCCUUUCAGUAGGGGCACUGUUUCUGGUAUUCUCAAAGGGUAUGUUGGCCUCUCUGCAGCAGUAUAUACAGUCGUAUACAAUAUGGUGCUCAAAGAUUCUGCCUCAAAACUUGUGUUGUUUCUUGCUAUUGGCAUUCCCAUUUUAUGUUUAGCCUUGAUGUAUUUUAUUCGACCUUGCACACCGGCUUCUGGAGAAACAGACUCUUCUGUGCAUGUUCAUUUUGUUUUCACCCAAACUGCAAGUGUUAUCCUCGGCAUCUAUCUUGUAAUAGUCACAAUACUAAGUGACUUGGUUUCUCUAAGUGAUGUUGUUUCCUACCUAUUGGUUGCCAUAAUGGUUAUCCUUCUUUUAUCUCCUCUUGCAAUUCCUAUCAAAAUGACUCUUUUCCCUGCAAAUACGAAGAAAAACCAAAAUUCACUAGUUGAUUCUUCAGACCAACUGGUUGUUGAUCAAGAUGGAAAUUUGGCCCAAUCUGAACCUCUGUUGGCUCCAUCGUCGUCAGAGACCCAUCUUGGAAGUUUUAAUGACGGUGAUGAUGAGUCAGAUGUGGAAACACUUCUUGCUGUUGGGGAGGGGGCAGUGUCAGUGAAGAAGAAAAGAAGACCAAGAAGAGGGGAGGAUUUCAAAUUUCGCGAGGCCUUUAUCAAAGCUGAUUUUUGGCUUCUCUGGAUUGUCAGCUUUCUUGGUGUUGGUCCUGGUGUCACUGUUCUCAAUAAUUUGGGUCAAAUUGGCAUUGCAUUGGGUGUUGAUGACACAACAAUAUUGUUGUGUAUAUUCAGUUUUUGCAAUUUUGCUGGUCGGCUUGGCUCGGGUGUUGUUUCUGAACAUUUUGUCAGGUCAAAAGCACUUCCUCGAACAUUUUGGAUAACAUGCACGCUAAUACUGAUGGUCGUGGCAUUUGUCUUGUUUGCAUUAGCUCUCGAUGGUACUCUCUACAUUUCAACAGCUCUGCUCGGGUUCUGCUAUGGUGUUCAGUAUGCUGUAAUGGUCCCAACCGUCUCUGAGAUCUUCGGCUUGAGACAUUUUGGAGUAAUAUACAACUUCAUGGGGCUUGGCAAUCCUAUAGGUGCACUUCUAUUUUCUGGUAUACUCGCUGGUUAUGUAUACGAUGCUGAAGCUGCAGCGCAGGGAAGCUCUACCUGCUUGGGUCCGAAUUGCUUCAGGUUGACAUUUCUGGUAUUAGCUGGCAUAUGCGGAUUAGGAACAAUUUUAAGCAUAAUUUUGACUAUUAGGAUACGACCAGUUUACCAAUUGCUUUAUGCCGGAGGCUCGUUCCGUCUUCCUCAGACUUCAGGCCACUGAUAAGUAGUAGGCUUCUUCUUCUUUUUUUCCUAGUUCCUUAUCAGAGCUCCCAUUAGCUUGAGAGCAUGAGAACAUGAUCCAUUGUAAUGAGAUUGUUUAUGAGGAGAUUAAGAACUGGAUGAUGAACAAAAGUUUGAUUGGUUUUCCACUUGUUGAAUUAGCCCUUGAGGGGAGAUACAAGUCUUAUGUA